UGUUCAUACCACUAAGGACAGACAUGGGAACUGAAGCUCAUCUUAUGUACACAUCUCUAUUGGCGUCUACACUUAACCCACAACACGAAAACUUGUCGCCCCUAACUGUAAAACUACCCUCAGGGACCACCACCGUACGCCUUCCGCAGAUUUCUGCCACAGCCCCUAAACGUGAGAAAGAUCCAAAAAGGCGGGUUGUUAUUACGGGUAUGGGAGUCGUCUCUGUGUUUGGAAAUGACGUUGAUAUCUUCUACCAAAAACUCUUGGCAGGAGAGAGCGGAAUUGGGCCAAUAGAUCGAUUCGAUGUUUCUGAUUUUCCAACACAAUUUGGUGGUCAGAUUCGUGGGUUUGAAUCAAGUGGAUAUAUCAAUCCCAAACUUGACCGAAGAUUGGAUGAUUGUCAACGGUAUUGCAUUGUUGCAGGAAAAAAAGCACUUGAAGAUGCUGCUCUUGGUGGUGAUGAACUCUCCAUGAUCGAUAAAGAACGUGCGGGUGUGCUUGUGGGAACAGGAAUGGGAGGUGUAACAUCACAUUAUGAUGGUGUGGUGACUCUAAUCAAAAGAGGUUAUAAACAAAUCACACCAUUUUUCACACCAUAUAUUCUACCAAAUACGGGCCCUGCCUUUCUUGCUAUAGAUCUUGGGUUUAUGGGACCAGCUUACUCCAUUUCUACUGCUUGCGCUACAUCCAAUUAUUGCUUCGAUGCUGCUGCGAAUCAUAUCCGUGAAGGGGUGGCUGAUUUGAUGAUUGCUGGAGGCGUAGAUGCUUGUUUUAAUCCGAUCUCAUUAGCAGGCAUUGUUGCCUGUAACGCACUGUCUCAGAGAAAUGAUGAUCCGCAAACUGCUUCCAGACCAUGGGACCAAGGUAGAGAUGGCUUCGUUUUGGGUGAAGGGGCUGGCGUAUUGGUGAUGGAGAGUUUAGAACAUGCAAUGAAAAGGGAUGCACCAAUAAUUGCUGAAUACUUGGGAGGUGCCAUAAAUUGCGAUGCAUAUCAUAUAACUAAUCCACGACCCGACGCUUUUGGGAUUACAACUUGUAUUCAAAGCAGCCUAUUGAACGCUGGCGUCUCAGUAGAGGAGGUAAAUUACAUCAAUGCACAUGCAACUUCUACGGUGGCUGGGGAUCUUGCUGAGAUAACCGCUCUAAAGAAUGUAUUCAAGAAUAGCCCAGGAAUCAAAAUGAAUGCUACAAAGUCAAUAAUCGGACACUCAAUUGCGGCUUCCGGAGGCAUGGAAGCCAUUGCUACAAUUAAAGCAAUUCAAACAGGAUGGUUACACCCAACUAUUAAUCAAUUCAAUCAUGAUCCCGAAGUUGAAUUCGACACUGUUGCAAAUCAUAAGCAAAAGCAUGAAAUAAACGUUGCGAUUUCAAAUUCAUUUGGUUUUGGAGGACACAACUCCGUUGUGGCAUUCUCUGCAUUUAAACCUUAAUGGUAUCACAGAGAAUAUUGUUGUAAAAACGACUAUUUAUUGGUGGAAACAUAUAAUUGUGUUUGUAAAAUAAAGGUUACAAUGUAAUAGUAUUCAAUCGAGUGUUAGUUGAACAAACAAGAGAGAAGAAUAGAUUUGUGUGAGCCUGGCACUAAAUGUAGUAGUACUUGUAGCGCUGUAGAUAAACUGGUUAG